CGCUCAAUCGCAUACACAAUCACCAUGGCCGGCGGAUCCACAUCGAACGGCGCACGCGUCAAAGCCACAUGGCACAUCGGCGGCUGGGGCAACCCCUACGAGGGCGGCGGCCAGCCCGGCAAGGGCAUCGUGACGUACGGUCUGUCGUCGAACCGCCAGCGCCCGUUCGCCGGCUUCUUCACCAAGGGUGUCUGGAACUCCGUUAGGCGGGUGCGCAACCAGGUGCUGUACGUUGUGCCGCCGUUCAUCGUGGCGUACAGCGCGAUGCAGUGGGCUAUCGAGAGGUGAGUGUUGCGAGAAUCAUUCCUUUGGAGGCGAGAGGAAGAGGGCACUUAAGUGGGCAGUAAAAGUGGAGAGAUUCUUAGGACGGAAUAUGGAUGCGGACAUGGGAAGCCGGACCCUGAACUGAUUCGUGCCACAGGAACGAAUACCUCAACUCCAAGCAGGGC